AUGAAGUUCCUCCUCUACGCGGCCGUCGUCGCCGCCGUCGCCAACGCUGCAGCGCUCCCCUUCGCCGAGCCCGGCAAGCCAUGCCCCCGACCUGGCCAGGGCUGCUGGAAGGCCAAGCGUGCCCCCGAGCCCAUCGCCAUGCCCGAGCCUGAGGCCGUUGCCGAGGCCGAGCCUGGCAAGCCAUGCCCCCGACCUGGACAGGGCUGCUGGAAGGCCAAGCGUGCCCCCGAGCCCAUUGCCAUGCCCGAGCCUGAGGCCGUUGCCGAGGCCGAGCCUGACAAGCCAUGCCCCCGACCUGGCCAGGGCUGCUGGAAGAACAAGAAGCGCACGCCCGAGCCCGUCGCCAGGCCCGAGCCCGAGCCCGAGGCUGUGGCUGAGGCUGACCCUCAGAAGCCCUGCCCCCGACCUGGACAGGGCUGCUGGAAGAACAAGAAGCGCGCGCCCGAGCCCGUCGCCAUGCCCGAGCCCGAGCCUGAGGCCGUUGCCGAGGCCGAGCCCGACAAGCCAUGCCCCCGUCCUGGACAGGGCUGCUGGAAGAACAAGAAGCGCACGCCCGAGCCCGUCGCCAUGCCCGAGCCAGAGCCUGAGGCUGUUGCUGAGGCUGACCCCCAGAAGCCCUGCCCCCGACCUGGACAGGGUUGCUGGAAGAACAAGCGCAGCGCCGAGCCUGAGUUCGUCGCCAGCGAGUGGCCACAAGCAGCGGUUGAUAGGUUGAUCAGUCACGCUGAUGCUGGUAUGAACAGAAAAACUAGGCACGUUUCCAACAUGGAUCUGACCCGGACGGACAUCUCGUUGAGAGCACCAGAAACUUCCAGGAUUCUGACAGGUGUUCGGUUCAUGGCCUUGAGGGUCAGGGGAGGAGGAGGAGGAAGGCAAUAA